UAGAAACCCGAGAACCAUACAAAAUCCGAUCCCCAAACCCAACUUUAUUUCCUUCUCUCCUUCUUCGACUCGAUUGCCAACAAUCUUGGUCCUUCGAAACCCUAAAAACCCCUUGAAUUGUCAACAAUGGAGGACACCAAAUCCAAGACAUACAACCUCUUUGUGACCCUUUUGGAGGGCAAAACCCUUACCCUAAAAUUCACAGCCCCAGAUGUCUCCGCCGCUUCCAUCAAGAACCGCCUUCUCGAAAUCACCAAAAUACCCCUCCACCACCAGCGUCUGGUUACCGGGACUCGCCAGCUCAAGGAUGAUUCCGUAAUUUCGUGCUCCUCAGACGUGCCGUACUUCCCAACGGUCCAUCUUCUGCUUCGGCUCGUCGGCGGGAAAGGUGGUUUUGGGUCGCUGCUGCGUGGGGCGGCGACGAAGGCCGGGCAGAAGAAAACGAGCAAUUUCGAUGCGUGUCGUGAUAUGAGCGGUCGGAGGCUGCGCCACGUCAAUGCGGAGAAGAAGCUUGAGGAGUGGAGGGCUGAGGAAGAGGAGAGGAGGCUUGAGAAGAAUGCAGAGGACUUUCUGAAAAAUCUGGCGAAGAAGGGCAAAAAGGGAACUGGAGACGCCGAGGCUGAAAAAUAUGUGGCGAAGUAUAGAGCUGAGUCGGAGCGCUGCGUCUCCGAGGUUUUGGAUUCGGUUAAGGAGGCUGUGAGUGGGAAGCGUAAAGGGCCGGCCAAGAAGGCGGUGGCACAGUCGAAAAGGAUGAAAAUUUGGAUGGGCAAGAGAAAAAUGGGUGAAAGUGACAGUGAUACAGAGGAUGAUGACAGUGAUAAUGAAGAUAAAAAGGAGAAAUCCGUUGUAUUAAAUAGUGGGAAUAACUCAGAUUCAAGUAAGGAUGCUGAGGGAAGUUUGGAUUCUGUGACUGGUAGGAAACAGGACGGUGAGAUCUCAGGUGGAGGGUCGGGUGAGAGUGGCUCUGAGGAAGAGAAAGAGAUUGUUGUGCAGGGAACACAGGGUCAAGAAUCUCUUCACAGUGAGAAGAAUGAUGUGGUUGAAUCAGUAAUUCAUGAAGAGAAGAUAGUUAGGAGUGCAAGUACCCCUUAUUCAGAGCCUGAUGCGGUUUUGAAACCUGAAGCAGUGCAAGAGGAAAAGAUGGAUUGCAAUGGACCGGAUAUGGGAAAUCUAGAUGUAGUCGAUCAGUCCCAGGAGGUUUCUAGUUCAGGUGAUGUGAAAGGAAAUGAAACUACAUCAAUUGUUUCUGAAGCCAAUGGUUCUUUGGAAUCCAAUCCACAAGUUCAGGAAGAAACAGUUGCAAGUGGAGACGCUGCAGAGAUAGAGAAGCCACUGAAUUUUGAUGAGUUCAAUUCAGCAGCAGAAAUGGAGGUUCUCGGCCUGGAAAGGUUAAAGUCUGAACUGCAAGCUCGUGGGUUAAAAUGUGGUGGUACUAUGCAAGAGCGCGCUGCUAGGCUUUUUAUGCUAAAAUCUACCCCGAUCGAGAAGAUUCCAAAGAAGCUGCUUGCAAAGAAAUGAGAAUAUAAUGUACUUCUUCUUUUUACUUUGUAGAGGAAAGCCUCUUCUAUAAUGAAUGAACAAGGGGAGUUUAGUGUAUGUUAAUAUUUCAAUCUCUGCCCAGUUGUUGACUAGUUAUGUACUUGUAUGUAUACCUUUGAUGGAUAAUGUCUGAUCCUUUGACUGAUGCAAUUUUCAUGUUGUUUUUUUCAACUUCA